AUGGGGGCUACGCCGUGGGAGCCUGCCGUCGCGAUCCCGACACUGGUGGCUACUUCGUUGUCGGCUAUGGCCACGGGGUUCGUCAUCGUUCUCUGGCUGCUUUCGAAGGGGGAAAAGAAUUCGUUGCGGUAUUCACUCGUAUUAAACUUGACUUUUGCCGAGGGACAAUGCCCAGUACUGACCCAAGUUGCAGAGUUUAUCAACGCUGCCAACAACUUGGUGUCGGGAACAUACGUCGUUGCCACGAAGCAUGACCUCGAAUGGGGUCCCAGCUGCGAUGCCAAUGGAUGGAUAGGUCAAGUGUCGGUGCAGGCUGCCGACUUCUCAGUACUCGUCAUCGCCGUGGUGACUUUGUUGACCAUGAACUUCCAAUCCUGGGUGAUGCGCGCAUCCUUUAAACACAACGUGGCCAUUUGCCUAUCCACAUGGAUCGUCCCCCUGUGCACAGGUUCGAUCGCCCUGGCCAUCGGGAAAAUAGCACCAGUCUCCGGGAACUGGUGCUGGAUAUCCGAACAUCCGGGCAACUUGCGAUACAUCCUUACCCACGGCUGGCGAUUUGGCAGCUUCAUCAUCAUCCUCAUCAUAUACAUAUUCAUGUUUUGCCGCGUAUACAGCCACGUACGGAGAAGGAAGCGCCUCAACGGUAGCCGGAUAUACACCUUAGACCUCGAAUCCGAUUCAGUAGUCGAUAUCAACCUCGGUGCGGUGGUUAACAAAGACAAAGUAGACCAGGAGCUGACCUCUCCGCCCACACCGAGAGAGGCGGCGCCGUCGCAAGGUGAGCAACCAUGGCAAGGCAACUUGCCUUAUGGCUUUCGUUUGGCUGAACUGAGCAACACAGAACACCUAACCCGGCCCAAACGCACCGCGUCUCUAAGCCGCGACUUCUCCCUCGACGACCACCCGCCACGUAGCACGAAAUCCCUUGAGCGACCCCGAUCGCGGUCCCGAGUGCAGCAGGCCUCGGCACUCGACAACGAGAUGCGCCACUGGCUUCUGCUGUCGAUAUAUCCGCUUACGUACAUCCUGGUGUGGAUCCCGGGGAUCGCCAACCGGCUUGUGGAAAUGACGGGCGGCUCGUCACAUGUGCUUGAGAUAAUGCAGGCGACGACGCAGUUGACGGGGUUGGUGAAUGCGUUGGCGUAUGGGAUUAGGGAACAUCGGCAGACUUUGAAGAGGUGGCGGCGGUUGAGAGUUGAUGAGAUGAGAUGA